GCAGCAGGUCAGGGUCAGGCCCCUGCUACAGAAGUUGACUAUCAGUAUUUGACUACCUCCAUCUUCAUUUUCAAAACUCCUUUCCUCGAAUUGAAUAUGUGAGAUGCCAACGAUUUUGCUCUGAUCUACAAUCUGGACUAUCCAACGACGAUUCUGACAUCCGAUUUGUAGGUGCAUCUAAUAUCCUAUGGCUUGACAAGAUUUUGGUAAUGAAACAAGUAUAGAUCAUAGUAAUAGAUGAAAUUAUAUUAACGAAGUGGAGUAGACAAGUGCCCGUGUUCUGUCUCCAAACUAGAGAAAUGGGCAUUGCUACAAUUCCAACACGCUAUUUGAUCGUCAUUUUAACGUUCAUAUGUACCGCUGUAUGUUACAUUGAACGCGUGGGCUUUUCAAUUGCAUAUACAGUUGCUGCUGAUGCUGAAGGAAUAAGUCAGUCAAGCAAAGGCACUAUACUUUCAACAUUCUAUUAUGGAUAUGCUUGUUCACAGGUCCCUGGUGGAUGGGCGGCUCAGAAAAUAGGUGGAAGGCGUGUACUUCUUCUCUCUUUUGUACUAUGGUCUCUAACUUGUGCUUUGGUACCACUUGAUCCAAACAGAGUGAUAACCUUAAUUGUAGCUCGAUUACUGGUUGGAGUAGCGCAAGGUUUCAUUUUCCCAUCCAUCCACACUGUUUUAGCUCAGUGGGUACCACCACAUGAAAGGUCAAGGUCUGUUUCUCUAACAACAUCAGGAAUGUACUUGGGGGCAGCUAUGGGCAUGCUUCUGCUUCCUAGCCUUGUGAAGUUUAGGGGCCCACAAUCUGUAUUUCUUGCUGAAGCAGCUUUAGGUGGCAUGUGGUCUCUCCUUUGGUUCAAAUGUGCCAGUGAUCCACCUCGCUCCCAACAUCCAAAAGCAGCUGCUUCUGGUUUUGGUGAAUCAUUGCUGCCAGUCAAAGAGGGUCGUAUUGAAAAGACUAAAAACGAUAGAACCAGUCAUAUCCCCUGGCGGAGAAUCUUCUUCAGCUUACCUGUAUGGGCUAUUGUUGCGAAUAAUUUCACCUUUCAUUAUGCUCUGUACGUGCUUAUGAAUUGGCUACCAACCUACUUUGAGCUAGGUCUCAAGUCCAGUCUCCAGGAAAUGGGCUCUUCAAAAAUGAUGCCUUAUUUGAACAUGUUCUUAUUCUCGAAUAUUGGUGGAGUGAUUGCUGACCAUGUGAUAACUAAAAAAAUCAUGUCUGUAACAAAAACAAGAAAGGUCUUGAAUACCGUAGGAUUUGCAGUGUCUUCAUUUGCAUUGAUUGCAAUUCCCCAUUUCAGAACACCCGAUGGUGUAGUGCUCUGUUCUUCUUUGGCUCUCGGUUUCUUGGCAUUAGGAAGAGCCGGGUUUGCAGUGAAUCACAUGGAUAUUGCUCCUCGGUAUGCUGGCAUUGUGAUGGGAGUCUCUAAUACAGCUGGGACUUUAGCUGGCAUUAUCGGGGUUGGACUAACUGGUCAGCUUCUUGAAGCUGCUAAAACUACAGAUUCAGAUCUUUCGAGUCCUGAUAGCUGGAGAGCAGUGUUUUUCAUACCAGGAUUGCUCUGCAUUCUAAGUUCGCUUGUUUUUUUGUUAUUUUCAACCGGGGAGAGGAUAUUUGACUGAGGUAAGUCUGUUUUCCUAUAGUUAUAGAUUAUAUGAUAUACAUAUCACUUCUUUUUCCAGCAUUCCAAUUUUUCAAUAGAGAUAUGUUCAGCUUUACAGUACUGCCUAAGAACACCUGUUCUGCAAAUAGUCAACAUUCAUUUCCAUGUUUUUGGUGUGUAUGAAACUUGACAUCAUGAAGUACCCAAAUUUUGGCAUGCACACACAGCCAUUAUACAUGUAAGAGGACUUUGGAAUAGAAUUCUUGUGCAAUG